UGCUAACUGCAAAGGAGCGCAGGGAAAGGAAGUCAUCUGAGAGCUGUAGUCCAGUUUGUUGCUGUUGCUGGAAUCAGGAUAUCCUUCCAGCUCCUCGCAGAAAUUCCAGGGAUUUUUUUUUUCUUUUGGUGGUUGUACCCCCUCCUCCCCCUCUGAAAGUAAUCUCCCUGCUUGUCGCGCUGUUUCCGCCUGGCUGUGUUGGACUGUUUCUCCACAAAUACUUCCAAAAGUGUGUUUCGACCGCUGGAAAACCACUGUGAUGAAUAUUUCUGCAUUUCGGCACACAUUCCGUCUUCCUAUCGGUUCCUGUGGAUCGAAGAGAGCAGAUUGGACAGUCUGUCUGGACUAACGGUGAAGCCUACUCACAGGGACGACUUCGUUUCGAAAAAGUUUAAGAAUAUUUUUUUUCCUUAUAGGCUACACAGUCCAGAUUGGUCCUGGAGGCGCCGAUCCUGCGUGCCGAGUGAGGAGGGAGUGGGUUCGUAACGGACUCAUACUUUGGAUUUUACGCACAGGAACCUUUCCCCCAAACACUGUCAGUCGACACCAUGUGUCUCUGAUUUAUUCUCCGAGCUCAACUGUGGAUUUAACCGGUGUAUGAUUUGUGUUGACUGUGCUGUCUCCCCCCCCUAAAAAAUUGCCGCAAAGCUGAGACUCGCACAUCAUCAUGCAUCGCUUCUUGGAGAAAAUCUGCUGCAAAAUUGAGGGAAGUCGGGAGGCAGCAUGACUUGCGCUCUGGAUUUCUUUGAAUCUACAUUCCAUUCUCAUAUAAGAUCUUAAUGCUGUUCAAUUUUGGUUUACAAAUAUGAUGAAAUGGCAGCCCCGGAAGAAGGCAUACUUCCGACAGGGUGUUGCCCUUCAGUACCUUGGUCGCCAUGCCGACGCUCUGGCCGCCUUCGCCUCCGGGCUGGCCCAAGACCCCAAGAGCCUACAGCUACUGGUGGGCAUGGUAGAAGCCGCCAUGAAGUCGCCACUACGAGAGUCUCUCGAGCCCACCUAUCAGCAGCUGCAAAAAAUGAAGCUGGACAAAAGUCCCUUUGUGGUGGUGUCUGUGAUUGGCCAGGAGCUGCUGACAGCAAGCCACCACACAGCCUCUGUUGUGGUGCUGGAAGCCGCUUUGAAGAUCGGCACAUGCAGCCUCAAGCUACGCGGCUCCGUCUUCUCGGCCCUCAGCAGCGCCCACUGGUCCCUGGGCAACACCGAGAAGAGCACUGGCUACAUGCAGCAGGACCUGGAGGUGGCCAAGACCUUAGGUGACCAAACAGGGGAAUGCCGCGCUCAUGGGAAUCUGGGUUCGGCAUUCUUCUCCAAGGGAAACUACCGCGAAGCGCUGACCAACCACCGCAACCAGCUGGUUCUGGCCAUGAAGCUAAAGGACAGAGAGGCUGCUUCGAUGGCGCUGAGCAGCUUGGGCCACGUAUAUACAGCCAUAGGGGACUAUCCGAACGCCCUAGCCAGCCACAAGCAGUGUGUCCUGCUGGCCAAGCAGUCCAAGGAUCAGCUGUCUGAGGCUCGCGAGCUGGGAAACAUGGGGGCUGUCUACAUCGCCAUGGGAGACUUUGAAAAUGCUGUCCAAUGCCACGAGCAGCACCUGGGCAUUGCCAAGGCCCUGGAAAAUAAACGAGAGGAAGCUCGGGCCUAUAGUAACCUGGGCAGUGCCUACCACUACCACCGCAACUUUGACAAGGCUAUGUCCUACCAUACUCAUGUUCUGGAGCUUGCCCAAGAGCUGGAGGAAAAGUCCAUUGAGAUGAGAGCCUACGCAGGACUGGGUCAUGCUGCUCGCUGCAUGCAGGACUUGGAGAGGGCCAAGCAGUACCAUGAACAGCAGCUGUCGAUAGCUGAGGGUUUGAAGGACAGGGCCGCAGAAGGAAGGGCCUCCUCCAAUCUGGGCAUCAUCCACCAGAUGAAGGGGGACUAUGAGACUGCACUGAAACUCCACAAAACACACCUGGCCAUUGCUCAGGAGCUGAAUGACUAUGCUGCUCAGGGCCGGGCCUAUGGUAACAUGGGUAAUGCCUACAAUGCCCUGGGAGCCUUUGACCAGGCUGUUCGCUACCAUCGCCAGGAGCUGCAGAUUUCCAUGGAGGUUAAUGACCGGGCCUCGCAGGCCUCCACCCAUGGAAACCUGGCUGUGGCGUACCAAGCCCUGGGAGCCCAUGACCGCGCUCUACAACAUUACCAGAACCACCUCAACAUCGCUCGUGAGCUCAGAGACGUCCAGAGUGAGGCGCGGGCUCUGGGCAACCUCGGCAACUUCCACUGCUCUCGAGGAGAGUUCCCUCAGGCCGUGCCCUACUACGAGCAGUACCUCCGCUUGUCCCCUGACCUCCAAGACAUGGAGAGUGAAGGGAAAGUUUGUCACAAUCUGGGUUAUGCCCACUACUGUCUGGGCAACUACCAGGAUGCCGUCAAAUACUAUGAGCAGGACCUAGCUCUGGCCAAGGACCUUCAUGACAAACUGAGUCAGGCCAAGGCAUACUGUAACCUCGGUUUGGCAUUCAAGGCCUUGGGAGACUUCACUAAGGCGGAGGAGUGUCAGAAAUACCUGCUGUCCCUGGCCCAGUCCCUGAACAAUGCACAAGCUCGCUUCAGAGCUCUGGGGAACCUCGGGGACAUAUUUGUCUGUAAAAAAGACGUGGCUGGAGCCAUUCAGUUUUACGAGCAGCAACUGGCCUUAGCUCACCAGGUUAAGGAGCGUAGGAUGGAGGCCUGUGCCUAUGCCGCCCUUGGGGCCACCUACAGACUUGUGCAGAAAUAUGACAAAGCUCUGGGCUACCACACCCAGGAGCUGGAGGUGUAUCAAGAGCUGGGCGACGUGCCAGGAGAGUGCAAAGCCCACGGUCACCUGGCAGCUGUCUACAUGGCCCUGGGGAAGUACGCCAUGGCCUUCAAGAGCUACGAAGAGCAGUUGGAGCUAGGACGGAGGCUGAAGGAUCCUGUCGUGGAGGCUCAGGUGUACGGAAAUAUGGGCAUCACUAAAAUGAAUGUAGGCGUGAUGGAGGAGGCGAUUGGCUACCUGGAGCAGCAGCUGGCCACUUUACAGCAGCUGAGUGGCAACGAGGCAGUAAUGGACAGGGGCAGGGCCUAUGGGAACCUGGGAGACUGUUAUGAGGCUCUGGGAGACUUUGAGGAAGCCAUCAAGUACUAUGACCAGUAUCUGUCAGUGGCCCAGAGCCUCAACCGCAUGCAAGACCAGGAGAAGGCCUACAGGGGCUUAGGCAAUGGACACAGGGCCAUGGGAAACCUACAGCAGUCGCUGGUGUGUUUUGAGAAGCGGCUUGUGGUGGCCCACGAGCUGGGGGAGUGUGGAGGCAAGGCUCAGGCCUACGGUGAACUGGGUGCACUGCACAGCCAGCUGGGAAAUUACGAGCAGGCUAUCUCCUGUCUGGAGCGUCAGCUGGCCAUUGCCCGUGAUACCCAGGAUAGACUGCUGGAGGGCGACGCCAGCUGCGGCUUGGGUGCUGUUUAUCAGUCUAUGGGAGAGUAUGAGACAGCCCUGCGAUGCCACCAAAGUGACCUGGAGAUUGCAGAGGAAGCGGGCAGCCCCACGCGCCAGGCCCGCGCCUAUGGGAACUUGGGCCUUACCUACGAGUCGCUUGGAAACUACGAGCGGGCGGUGGUGUUCCAGGAACAACAUCUAAGUGUGGCGGCUCAGACUAAUGACUUGGCUGCAAAGACACUGGCCUACGGCAGCCUGGGGAGAACACACCACGCACUGCAAAACUACUCACAGGCUGUCAUGUACCUGCAGGAAGGCCUGCGGCUUGCGGAGCAGCUGGCUCGGCGUGAGGACGAGGCAAAGAUCCGCCAUCGUCUUGGGCUCUCUUUGUGGGCCAGUGGGAAUCUGGAGGAGGCCCAACAUCAGCUCUACCGGGCUUCUGCACUGUUUGAGACCAUCCGCCAUGAAGCCCAGCACAGCACAGACUAUAAACUCUCCCUCUUUGACCUGCAAACCUCCUGCUACCAGGCACUCCAAAGGGUCCUUGUCAGCCUAGGCCACCACGAUGAGGCUCUGGCAGUGGCGGAACGCGGUCGUACACGAGCCUUCGCUGACCUCUUGGUGGAGAGGCAGACGGGCCAGCAGGACUCAGACCCCUACACCCCAGUAACAGUGGAGCACAUCUUGGAUACCGUCAACAGCCAGAGGGCCUUGGUGCUUUAUUUCUCCAUGGCUGCCGGCUACCUGUACAGCUGGCUGCUGGCUCCAGGAGCAGGCAUCCUGAAGUUUCAUGAGGUGUACCUUGGUGAGGGUGUAUCAGAAGGAGGGUCAGACUUCCAGGAAGGGGGUGGCGGCGGUGGGGUGGUCAGUGGCUCUUCAUUGGAGCAGCACAUUGCCAGCGCCCGUGAGGCUCUGGGAGUGGAGUCUUAUUACAGCAGAGGGUGUUCGAGCAGUGAGACAGAGAGCGAGGCGGGAGAUUUGUUGGACCAACAAUUUGAGGAGCUCAACAACAAGCUUAACUCCGUCACUGAUCCAACAGGCUUCCUGCGUAUGGUGUCCAGAAACAACCUCUUCAACAGGAGCUGCCAGAGUAUGACCAGCCUGUUCAGCAACACCAUGUCCCCUGCCAAAGAUGGUAACUCUUCCCUGCCUCGUCGCUCCAGCAACCUCGGAAAGCCUCCACUCCGGGCACUUUAUGAUUUGCUCAUUGCACCUAUGGAGGGGGGCUUGAUGCACUCCAGUGGGCCUGUUGGCAGACACAGACAACUGGUGAUGGUGCUUGAAGGAGAACUGUACCUCAUCCCCUUCGCCUUGCUAAAAGGAAGCUCUUCUAAUGAAUAUCUGUACGAGCGCUUCAGCCUCAUCGCUGUUCCGUCCAUCCAUGGCCUUGGAUCCAGUGCAAAGGCUCAUUCCCGCCGCCCUGGACCAGCUCCAUGUGGUGGUGUCUCAAUGGCAGCAGUGGUAGGAAACCCGAGACUGCCCUCCCCUGUGAUGGACCGCUGGCUGUGGGGACCCAUGCCUUCUGCAGAGGAGGAGGCUCUAAUGGUGGCUGAGCUGCUGGGCUGCCAACCCCUGGCCGGCUCGGCUGCCACCAAGGAAAGGGUAAUGAGCGCCCUCACACAAGCUGAGUGUGCCCACUUCGCCACCCACAUUUCCUGGAAAUUAGCAGCUCUGGUGCUCACCCCAAACCCUGAGGGCGUGCCCGGUGGGGCAAGUGCCAGCGUAGGAGUGGGAACAGUGGGGAGAGGUGCAGGGGGGAGGAGAGGCAGCAGUGGUCGAGGCAGGAAGGGCUCCAUUGGAAGCGGUUACACCAUCCCAGAGUCUCUCCACAUGCAGGAUGACAGCAGUGACGUGGAGAGCAUAUGUGACAGUCCGCCCCUGCAGGAGUUCCUGCUCACAGCUGCAGAUAUAUUGGACCUGAGGUUGCCUGUCAAGCUGGUGGUGCUGGGGUCGUACCAGGAGUCCAGCAGCAAAGUGACAGCAGAUGGUGUCGUGGGAUUGACUAGGGCCUUCCUGGCUGCUGGAGCUCAGUGUGCUCUUGUGUCCUUGUGGCCUGUCCCUGUCGCAGCCUCCAAAGUUUUCGUCCAUGCCUUCUACACUGCCCUGCUUAACGGGACCAAGGCUAGUGCAGCACUGGCAGAUGCCAUGAAGACUGUCCAGAGCAGCAAGCAGUACUCGCACCCGUCCAACUGGGCAGGAUACAUGUUGAUUGGCAAUGAUGUGAAGCUUAACAGCCCAUCUUCCCUCAUUGGCCAAGCUUUGGCGGAGAUUCUACAGUAUCCAGAUCGAGCGCGUGAUGCUCUGAGAGUUUUACUCCACCUGGUGGAGAAGUCUCUUCAGAGGAUACAGAAUGGCCAGCGUAACUCCAUGUACACAUCCCAGCAAAGUGUGGAGAACAAAGUGGGGGGUGUCCCCGGCUGGCAGGCCCUGUUGACAGCUGUGGGCUUCCGUCUCGACUCUGUGGGCACCGGUAUGCCCGCUGCAGUCUUCUUUCCCACUGCUGAUCCAGGAGACAGGCUCCAGCAGUGCAGCACCACUUUACAAUCACUACUGGGUCUGCCGCCACCAGCUCUCCAGGCUUUGUGCAAACUCAUCACAGCUUCAGAGGCAGGAGAGCAGCUCAUCAAUCGGGCUGUUAAAAAUAUGGUGGCAAUGCUCCACCAGGUGCUAGUUCAACUCCAGACAGGAGAGAAAGAACAGGAUUUCUCCCUCCUGCCCAUUCAAGUGUCCAUCAGUGUACAGCUAUGGAGGCUGCCAGGAUGCCAUGAAUUUCUGGCUGCUCUUGGAUUUGACUUGUGUGAGGUAGGCCAAGAGGAAGUGGUGCUGAAGACUGGUAAGCUAGCCAACCGCCGCACCUUGCACUUUGCUCUCCAGGCUCUGCUGGCGCUGUUUGACUCCACAGAACUGCCCAAGCGUCUGAGCCUGGACAGCUCAUCUUCCCUUGAGUCUCUAGCUUCAGCCCAGUCUGUGUCCAACCCCCUGCCCAUGGGAUACUCAAGCCUUCCUUUCUCUCCUCCUUGCCUGGACAAUCAGGCAUCAGAUGCCAUCUCUGUCUAUAGUCUCAGCUCUGUAGCCUCCUCCAUGAGCUUUGCUUCCAAGUCAGACUGUGAUUUCCUUAGUCAUCGGCAACGCAGUGGGGCCACUGCACACUACUCUAUCCACAAACACCCUCAUGUUCCCCGCAGUCGCUCCUCUCCUCAUGGGGCAGCUGCUGCUGCUGCAGUUGCAGGAGCCCGGGGGGACGAUGAGGAAUAUGAGGGCUUUUCCAUUAUCAGCAGCGAGCCUCUGGGAAGCCACUGUGACUCUCUGCCUCUACCACCAGGCCACAGCCAGCGCCACCACCGUGGAGGCAGGGGGGUGGUUGGCGGGUCCGGCACAGGGGCAGGGAGAGGCUACACUGUAUCAGUAUCAUCAAGGGGCAGUGUUAGCACACCUACAUCUCCUGUCAAAGCAUGCCUAGUGCCCAGCCCGAAUUCACCAUUCCAGAAGGUGGGUAAGGUGAGCAGCUCAGAUACAGGGGAAUCUGACCAGUCCAGCACUGAGACAGACAGUACUGUCAAGUCUCAGGAAGAAAAAACUGUCCCUUUGGAUCCUCAGGAGCUGGCCCAGAAAAUCCUGGAGGAGACUCAGAGCCAUCUACGGGCUGUGGGUAGUCUUCAGCGGGCUGGGCCAGAGGGUGCGACAGCUGCAGGAACCUCAACCCGGAGCAGCGCCUUCCGUUCCUCUGAAACUAGCGCAUUCAGCCGUCCUAACAGCAGUGCUAGUGGCCGAGCUCAAUCCUCCCCAAGACCCAAACCUCCCUCCCGUUCCUCUUCACUGCAGAAGAUAAGCUCUGGCUACAAUAGUCCUGCAAUCUCUGAGUCUUCCCAAAAGGAGGGCAGCCAUCCUUCGCCAACUCUAGACAGCCAUGCACAGUUCAAAUUAAAAUACCCAAGCUCCCCAUACAGCGGCCACAUCUCUCGUUCCCCAAGUAAUGUGUCUCCCAGUUCUGGCCACCAGUCUCCUGCUGGUAGUGCUCCAUCCCCUGCCCUGUCGUACUCCUCCACAGGUUCAGCCUGCUCUACAUCGGCUGAUGUCCCAGACUUGGACCGGCUUAGAAGAGGGGUGAUUGAUGAAAAAGUCCAAGCUAUCCACAAUCUGAAGACCUUUUGGGCUAAUGCCGCCGCCCAACAACAGCAACAUCUAGGUCCCGUCAGAGCCAUCCACGGCGCUCCUGGAGCCCUUGCUUCUGCCAGUAGGGACGUACUGAGCCUUCUGAACCUCUCACCACGCCAUUGCUCCCCUAACGAUACCCAAGACAGCCUGGAGCUGCGGGAGCUGGGGCUGCAGUCACUAGAUAGGGGCAGCAAGAACUCUUCCAAUGGACACCACUGCUCCAAUCCCAGAAAAGUGGCCCCAUCACCGACUAUUUCCACAAGCAGUAGCCCUGGUGCUCGUUCUAUCCGACUACCUGCUGGCAAUGGAUACAAGUUCCUGUCGCCUGGAAGAUUUUUCCCUUCCUCUAAAUGCUGAGACAUUUACAAGGGUCCUAUACUUUUAUCUAUCAUUUACUAUCCUGUGUGCUGGAGGUGUGGGGCACUUUUUUGAGGACCACUAUUGGUCCACCAAGCUUGACUUACAGUGAGAAGGAUUCGAUUGGUCAGUGAGUGUGAUCCCGCAGAGGCACAUGAAUGCUUUAGAGGGUGUCUUGUCUUUGUGCCCAUAACAAUGUAAAUGGCAAUGAGAAAUACUCAACGACCUGAUACUGUGUUUGUGUGUAACUGUGUGUCAGGUAGAUGUAAAUGCCAUUUGGUAUUUUUCUUUGCUGUUUGUGUGGGCCAAGAUGCAACAGCUAUGACUGAUUUCCUCCAUUCUAUUUUUUUUGUUUUGUUUUUAAAUUGAAUGGUUAUUGUUAUUAUUGUUUGUUAUUGUUAUUAAUAUUAUAAUAAUUAUUAUUAUGUUUUGUAAAUUAAUUCCAGUGUUUCACAAUCAGUAUUAAGCGUUUUUAUAUUAUUAAAAAGUGAACAAACCUGUACCAUGUAAAGAUGGAUAGAGUGGAGAAAAAAAGAUUUAAUAUUUUUUAUUGAAAUCAAAAGGGCAUUUUGCCUGAUUUCUUUGUGAAUUGAGUGUCUGCUCUGAAGCAUGGAUUCUCUUGCUAUUCAAUGUUAAGUACCAUGUAUGACUUUUUAGCCCAUGAUUUUUUGAGAUUAAACAUGAACGUUUCAUGACAACCAUCUGUCAUUUAUCAGUAAACUGUUUCAAUAAAAAAAACAUCAU